AUGCCUACUUUUUACCGUGGCGUGCGUUCCCAACUUCCGUCCAUCCUCCUUGCCCUUCCCCGAGCGCGUGCUGACAGGAACCCAGACCGCUGGUUCACUUAUCUAUUCGACACCUCCCUCCGCCACAAUUGCGGCUACAGUGGGCCAACGCCAUACUGGGACUGGUCGCGCGAUCACGCAGACCUGUUCGGCUCGCCCGUGUUCGAGGACUCCCCGGAGUACGGGCUCGGUGGAACCGGUGAUUGCAAUUCCUCCCCCCAGGCGGACUGUACCGUCACCACGGGAGCUUUUGCCGCAUCCACGGGGAAGUUCGAGCUUGCCUGGCCGAUUCCGCACCCGCUGCGGAGGAAUUUGACGCUCAUAACCGGCUGGUACCCCAAUGAGCUGCCUCAAAACCGCACCCUCGGCCCGGCCUUUGUGCGCAACGCGACUGAGCAAACCACGGGCGACUUCUUCCGAUUCCAGCGCGCAAUGACACUGCUGCACAACCAUGUACACAAUUUCGUUGGCGGCGACUUGGCGGGAGACUGCCCGAAGGCCUUACCGGAGGGUGAUUGCCAGGGCAUGGCAAUCAGCUUCACGCCUAAUGACCCGCUCUUUUGGCUGCAUCAUGUCCAACUUGACCGGUUGUGGAGUAAGUGGCAGCGCCACCACCCAUCUAAUUUCGCCGCUUUCUCCGGCAUGCCCUUCACCCCACACAAUAUGACCGACCCACGCUACGACCCUGAUGCGCAUGCAGAUCAUCAGAUGACCUUUGACGUCCAAAGUGUGCCCGUGGCGCCUAGGAAGGUGUUUGAUACGCAGAGUUGGCCGUUGUGCUAUCAGUAUGCGGACGAUCAGGAGUGA